CCGUUUUCCCCGAAUCAACUUACCUUUAGUUUAGUCCUGCGGAAGGAAAGAACAGAACAGACAGAAACCAUAGGAAAAACAGGGAAGCGGGUUCACGCUCUUUAUAGGUAUUCGGUGAGAGAAAGCUAGCUCUUUCUUCAGACAGACUUUCAAGCAAAAGACCAGAGCAGUCCUCUGGUCUCUCCUCUGUCAAACGCACCAUCAAGCGAAUUCUCGAGACAGAGUCGGGUCGUCUUCGCACAUCGGAAAAUGGGUUCCAGCAACGGCAACACGAGCAAGACCCAUUUCGCCAUCAACGCCAAGAUCAUCCUCCUCAGCUUCCUCUUCCUCUUCCUCCUCCUCCUCAUCGUCCGCAGCACCUUCCCUUCCUCUCCGCAGCUCUCGCCCGUUCCGUCGUCCAGCACUGAGCUGACGGUCCAGGCAAAGGCACAGGACACGGCCCCCGCCGUCGACUGCCCGACCACAGCCGCCGCCGCCGCCGCCGCCGCCGGGACGUGCACCAAGACGCCGCCGUCCUUGGCCCAGGCCCUAGUCCACUACGCCACCACCAACAUCACCCCGCAACAGACGUACGACGAGAUCUCCGUCUCCCUCCGGGUGCUGGCCAAGAAGUCGCCGUGCAACUUCCUCGUGUUCGGCCUCGGCCACGACAGCCUCAUGUGGACCUCCCUCAACCACGGCGGACGCACCGUCUUCCUGGAGGAGGACAAGGCCUGGAUCCACCAGAUCACCCAGAAGCUCCCGACGCUGGAGGCUUUCCACGUCACCUACGACACCAAAGUCACCCAGGCCGACAACCUGAUGAAGCUCCGGGAGGAGGAGGAGUGCAAGGCGGUGACGGACCCGAGGUCGUCCAAGUGCGAGCUGGCGCACAAGGGGUUCCCGAGCGAGGUGUACGAGGUGGAGUGGGACCUGAUCAUGGUGGACGCGCCCACCGGGUGGCACGACGAGGCCCCCGGGAGGAUGAGCGCCAUCUACACGGCGGGCCUCAUGGCGCGGAACCGGGAGAGCGGCGAGACCGACGUGUUCGUGCACGACGUCGACCGGGUCAUCGAGGACCGCUUCUCCAAGGCCUUCCUGUGCGAGGGCUACCUGACGGAGCAGGUGGGCAGGUUGCGCCACUUCACCGUGCCCAGCCACCAGGCCCGCUCCGGCCGACCCUUUUGCCCCUAGAAUCUGCUAAUCUUUUCUCUUUUUCAUUUGCAUUUUCCUGGGGGUAAUUACGGAAAUCUGCGACGACGGAAAGAAUUUUUUUUUUUUUUUUUAACUUGUGAAUCCUUUUUAUAUUAUUUGUAAUUUUAUUUUAUAUUACCGGGAGGGGAAUUCGUUCCCUAUUUUCACUUUAGGACGUGCGCGCGGCCAGGACACGUUGACAGAGACUUCUGUUUCCCAUUAAUAAGUUUUAUUAUAAAAUAUUCGAAUUCUGGGGACCUGUGAUUAGUGAA